UUUCCGCGCUGUCAUUAUUUCCGUUUCCACUUCGGGGGUUGGGGGACAGAGAGACACGCCGUUGGUCUCACUACAGUUUUUUCUCUACGCUCUCUCUGUACUGUCAGCUGCAGGACAGAGGGAGAGGAGUGAAACUUUUUCAUUGAAUCGUCACACUUCUUUCUAUCCGCGCAAUGGGGGAUAUCGAGGCUCCCGACUCAACGAGAUCGCGCCAUGCAAUUUUCUCUCUUCUCCCGAGCAAAGAGUUCGUUACAUCCCGAAAAGGAACGCUUCUAAUCGGCGAAGUGAUCCUGUCCUUUGUGGACUUUAUUUGCUUCGUGGCGUCCACAGCAGCUGCGUUUGUGACGGCUCCUCUCAUAGAGUUCCUGGCGGCUCUUUUCCUCCUCUUCGCCUACUCCACCAAGAUCAACGAGCGCUUCAAGGGCUUCCAUUGGCCCCUAAUGGACUUUCUGCGUUGUGUCAGCGCAUCUAUCAUCUUUUUCAUCAUCUCCAUAAUUGCUGUAUCCAAGUAUCCUGAUGGAGCUUCCAAAGCAGCAGGGUUAUUUGGUUUCAUCGCCACAAUAUUCUUUGCACUCGACUUCUAUUUGAUCUUUAACGACCUCGCCAAUUUCCUCAAAGCGGGCGGCGGAGGAGAGUCGACUGAUGACCCACCCACACCCCCAGAUGACUCAGAUUCCGACUCAGACUGAGGAGGGGGAUUUACCAGAAUGUCACUGGGUCGAGGCGUCCGUUCUAGUGCCUGAUGGAAAAGAAGAAUUCCCUUCUUGAGUCCACUGACCACUGAUCUUUCACCACUACAGAUGAAUGCUGUAUUGUACCUCACACUCACUGAUAACAGUCAAAAGCAUUAUCUUUUGGACUCUUUUUGAAGUGUUUUGCUUUUGGUAUAUAAAGUGAAGUCCAUACAGUUGUUUACAACAACUACCACCCCCUCCCCUUGCUGUUUGAGUGUAUGCUUAAAGCUGUGAAUGUCUCGCAGUAGUUUUCCUAGCUUGCUCUGAAUUUGUUUACUGGGCUAAAUCAGGACAAGUCAGAUGACUUUAACCUUUUUUUCUUACAAAGCUGAAUCCAAUAGAAAGAAAGUAUGUAAUGAUAAAAACAGUGCAUUAGUCUGUUUGCUCUUCUUUUGCUAUAAAAUGUUUUUUUUUUUUUAAUGUACCAGUUGGGAGAUUUUUUUAAUACUGUUACAUUAAAAUGAUUAGCGACUUUGCUUGUUGAAAGUGGAGGGUAGAGAGAAAGCCAUCUUAUGUGUAACUGAGUUUCUGCACUCUCUUCAUGUUUACAACCUUAAAGUGACUACAGCAGGGGCAGUCAGAUGACUCUCUCUAGCCCUCUUUAACAGGCUUUAUUUGUACAGGACACAUAUAGCUAUUGUAACAAACCAAAGCUAAUAACGGUAUCGAGAAGUUAAGCCAUGGUCUUUAAAGGCUAAUAGCACUUCUGCCCAGAAACUGCACUGUUUUUCUUUCUUUCAUAUGUCAAGGUAUGAAUACUGAAAAGUCAUAUUUAGAAAGACAAGAGAAGCAUUAUUAUGAAAUGAAUGCUGUGUAUACAGUGCUUAAUGUUGAACAUAAAAGUGAAUACUGUGUUACUUUGGAAGCAGCAAAACAGAACUUGUAAAUAGGGACAUUUUAGAUAUUGUAAGUAUUGGUUUACGCUAAAUUACAGUUCUGGGUUUAUGAGAAAAUCAAGUCAAUCCAGGGUCUCACAGAAAUGUCAGAGGCUUAGAUCUCAGAGUUGCAGACUUCAAAGCUGCAAAUUACAUUGAGCUUUUUUACAGUUUUGUUUUUUCUCCAGUUAUAAGUAUUUGUGGAAGGCACUACAAAUCCAAGGUUACAGUAUAUAUCAAAGAUGCACUGCUAAUGCCACACGCUUCCUAACACAUCCUCCCAAACUACCACGUGUGUGUGUGUGUACAUGUAUGUGACUGUGUGUCAUGAAAUUCCUUGCCUCUUGUCACAGAGUGUGAAACUGCCAAAAAGUUUGUAAACUGAAAGCCAUAUAUAUUCAAUAAACAAGUGUUCUUAAAAUUCC